GAGAGGAGAGAGAAACAAAAAAAAAAAAAAAGGAGGAGGCUUUGCUUGAAACACUCUAUCCCCACAAGAAACCCCCAUCUCGUCUUCUUCCCCUUGAAACUGCUAAUCUCAAAGUGUGUAUUCACCAGAGACUGAAUCGUUUCCAAAGGUUUAGGCUUUAUGAGUCAGUCUCCAUCGAAUCGUCUCUCUGCAUUCUUAUUCACAAGCUGUCUCCUUUGACUUGCAUAUGCAGUCUGCUUUAUGAAUGAAUGACGUAGGUAGAAGGGUUUGCAUCGAAUCUCUGCUUACAGACACUUGAGUUAAAACAAGUUUGUUUCUUUCAUCUCUCAAAGAGUAAAGUUUGGAACUUUAUGGCGGCGCUACAACAUGUUUGCGAGAACCACCUUCAAGCAAAGACCUUUUGCAGCCAGGUGACGAUCAAUUGGGAUGACUUAGUUUGUCCCAUUUGUUUAGACUCCCCUCACAACGGCGUGCUUCUCCAGUGCUCGUCUUACGACAACGGAUGCCGUGCGUUCGUCUGCAACACAGACCACCUCCACUCCAACUGUCUGGACCGUUUCAUCACUGCCUAUGGAACAGACCCACCACCUCCACCUCCUGAUGAGCCAAUGUCAAAGGCCUUAGAAGAGAGCUGCAAACCUUUGUGUCCACUCUGCAGAGGAGAAGUCACUGGAUGGGUCAUUGUAGAAGAAGCUCGUCUCCGUCUCGACGAGAAACAACGUUGCUGCGAGGAAGAACGGUGCAGGUUCACGGGUACUUACACGGAGCUUCGCAAGCACGCUCAGUCAGAGCAUCCGGACUCUCGUCCUUCCAAGAUUGAUCCUGCCAGGAAGCUUGACUGGGAGAAUUUCCAGCAGUCGUCUGAGAUCAUCGACGUGCUGAGCACGAUUCACUCGGAGGUUCCGAGAGGAGUUGUUUUAGGAGACUAUGUGAUUGAGUAUGGAGAUGAUGACACGGGAGAUGAGUUUGAGGAUGUGGCUAGCAAUGAAGGAAACUGGUGGACCUCUUGUAUCUUUUAUAAGAUGUUUGAUAAUAUAAGGAAUGCGAGGAACAGAAGAAGAGCAAGGAGAGGAGGGAGUAGCCGUUCUAGCUAUGAUAACUCCAACUCUGAUGACAGCUCGGUUGCGUCAAUUGAGUUUCCGGAGUAUAGAGUAGAUGAGAUUGAUGAUGAGUUCAUCACCACCACAAGUGGAGUUAACAGAAGUAGCUCUGUUCAUCAAAGGUUGAGAAGACAUCGUUCCCGUUUCUAUGAAAAUUAGAUCGAAGCAGACCAGCCUAUUCGUAGUCAAUGGUGGAUGUUCUUGGUUUUGGACCUCUCUCUCUCUCUCUCUCUCUCUUCUUUUAUUUUGUGGCAGUAGCAUUCUUGUACAAAAACGUAAACAGAAAAAGUUUUUUUUGGAUC